AUGGUCUCACAAUCUGUCCUCCUACUCGCCGCAACUGCUGGCCUUGGUCUUGCAGCUCCCAUUGAACGCCGCGGCAAUCUCCCUGAGCCCGUCUCUGCCGCAACAGCAAUUCAGUACCUCUCCUCUAUCAAGGUAGCCGCGGAGUCGAACGUCCCUGCAUACGAUCGCGACCUCUUCAAGCACUGGAUCACCAUCAGCGGCGAGUGCAACACCCGCGAGACCGUCCUCAAGCGUGACGGCACUGGUGUUGUAGCAUCCUCUGCUUGUGCUGCCACCUCGGGCUCUUGGUACUCCGACUACGAUGGCAAGACUUGGACUGCUGCUGCAGAUGUUGAUAUUGACCAUCUCGUUCCAUUGAAGGAGGCUUGGGUGUCUGGAGCAAAGGACUGGACCAACGACAGGAGACAACAGUUUGCUAAUGAUCUUACACGUCCUCAGCUUCUGGCCGUCACCGACAGUCUGAAUCAGAGCAAGGGUGAUCAAGAUAUUGGAGAAUGGCUUCCUCCUCGUGUGGCCUACCAAUGCGAGUACGUUCGUGCUUGGGUGCAAGUCAAGUACUACUACGGCUUGACCAUGGAUAGCACGGAGAAGGCUGCUGCAAGCAAGGUUCUUGCUGGUUGUUAA